CUGGCCAAACAUGGACUCAAUGUCGUACUUAUCAGCCGGACACUGGAAAAGCUACAGGCCAUUGCAGAAGAGAUUGAAUGGACCACUGGAAGCCAUGUGAAGAUUGUACAAGCAGAUUUUACCAAAGAAGACAUCUAUGACCAUAUUAAAGAAAAACUAAAAGGCUUAGAAAUUGGAAUUUUAGUCAACAAUGUUGGAAUGCUCCCUAGCCUGCUCCCAAGCCAUUUCUUGAACACUCCCGGUGAGAUCCAGAGUCUCAUCCACUGCAACAUCACUUCUGUAGUCAAGAUGACACAGCUGGUUCUCAAGCACAUGGAAUCAAGUCGGAGAGGCCUCAUCUUGAACGUUUCUUCUGGGAUAGCCCUUCGUCCCUGGCCUCUGUAUGCCCUGUACUCUGCUUCCAAGGCUUUUGUGUGCACGUUUUCCAAGGCCCUGCAUGUGGAAUACAGAGCUAAAGGAAUCAUUAUCCAGGUCCUGACCCCUUAUGCUGUCUCAACCCCAAUGACAAAGUAUCUAAAUACCAACAUGGUGACCAAGACUGCCGAUGAGUUUGUUAAAGAGUCCUUGAAAUACAUCGCUAGUGGAGAUGAAACCUGUGGAUGUCUUGCACAUGAAAUCUUGGCAAUACUCCUGAACAUGAUCCCUUCCAGAGUCUUCUACAGCAGCGCCUUCCAGCGGUUCCUCCUGACACACUACUCAGAUUACCUGAAGCGAAACAUUAGCAACAGAUAG